UCAUAUUAGAGUCCUGUUUCGUAACGGAGGACUUUCCUCUAUGUUAAAAAAAAACACACAGACAAGCAAGUUUAUCAUUUAUAAGGUGGACGUUAUCCUAUCCUGUGCCUCUUUUACUGGCAAUUUGCUGCAUUCGAGACUCGGCACGCUAAUUACUUUGAUAAUUGUGCCUCGUGGAAGGAAUGAGUGCAAGUCGUUGCGCCGUUUACAAAUCGCCAAGGUCGCCUGUAAUUUUUCGCCGUUUUACAUUUUCGCGAAACCUUGAAGUUACAUCCACGUUUCGUCAGUGGCACAAAAAAGAAACGCGUCUUUUUCCAACGUUUAUUGCCUUAUUUCACUUAUUCCAAUAAGUUUCAAUACAAACACAUCUUCCUAUCUCGUACAGUUUAUUUUUUCAUGGAAAGACACUUCAAUCAUUGAUUAAGUAUCGAUUCAAGUUGGAAUAAAAAUGUAUUUCUUAUCGAGAAAUCGCAAGUUUUGUUACGCAAAGCUUUGCAAUUUAAGAUAAAUCCCCGAGAUGUGCUUUGCCAAUGCGCCAACAAUAAGAACGGAAUUGUAUAUCGAGUCGAGAACUUGUAUUGUUUCGUUUCUGAACCUAUCUGUAAAUUUGCCUCAUUUUCGGAAGAUAGUAAGAGCGAUUCUCGUCUAUCUUUUGAAAAGGAAUAAAGAGAGACAGCACACGUCGGAAACGUUAAACUCGCGUGUUGCAUGAUUAAGUGUAUUCGGAAGAUUGUCGCAGCGUGCAGGAAAUGUAGGCGCACGUGUAGCAACGUUUCGCGGAAACGAUUAAUAAUCACACUAAUAGUCGCGAGACUCGGUCCUCGCGCGAAUAGAUUUAUGCAAUCGGGUAUAAGAGGUCUCGUAAGAAAAGAAAAAAAACCUGUCGCCAGCGAUCUCGUCGAGCGAAAAUAUUGUUCAAAGUAAUACGAAAUGGAAAUCGUUGCUCAGCGCCGACUCUUGGCAGCGAAAUAGCUACGUAAUUUUUUCUCAUCGAAAACAAUUAGAUGAUUCAUUAUUGAUUAUCGCGCUUUAUAUGUUAUAGUAUACCGCGUCCUCUAAAGUGUUGCUAAUGCAUGCGUAUAAUAAAGGCCGCUGUGCGGUAUAUUCUCGCUUCAAUUUCUGAUGUAUGCGAGAGGCAGCGGCUUAACGCAAUCAAUUAACAUGCGCACUUGAGCUUUGUGAAACGUCUUUCCGGGGCGAUACGUGUGCAAAUACCUAGUUGAUUUGCCAGAAUCGACUAUCGCUAACAAUAAGUCGAAGCAUCCCUGUUGCAGAUCCCCGCCGUGUUGAAUCUGGUUCAGAAAUCUCCCUACCAGAGCGUCUCAUCGAUUAGCAUAAGAGUGGACAUCCGGGAAGUGUGACCCCGAAGACCUAGUGAUCGAAUCCGACGACCAGGUUGUUUUUUUCACGACGCUUGGUCUUUUCAACUGCGCGAACGAGGAAUCAAUAUGGAUCGAGUGUACAUAGACAAAGAGACGGGCGAGGAUCUGAUUCAAUCGCUCUACGAGUGUGACAUUUGCCAUUCAACUGGUUCAACGACGAUAAACGAUGCGGAGACCGGGGAGCCAGAAGUCAGUCUCGCGGAUCACGUAACGGCCAGAUGUCAUCGGAGGAGAGUGCCGUUUCAGAUACCGAAGGAAGUAAAGGAAAAGACGAAAAAACGCUAUCACACGGAGCUGGAGCCAGUACCAGUGGGCGCUUCUUUCGGCCAGAUAAAUCCCGUCUGUUUGUUCUUACCGGCGAUCAUCUACUUCCGCUGGUUCCUCGCUCUGCUCAUGAUCUUCGAGGUCGUUCUGCACGUAUGGGCACACCACAAGAACAAGAUCCUGAAAAAUGCCAAUGUGUACUUCCGCUCACCAUUCCACGACAUCUCCGCCGAGUUCUGUGCUCUCUGCCAGAAUGAAAUGUGCAUGAAUCGUGUCGGGAAGAUGCACCAGAUUCGAAUGCACAAAUUUCUGCGGCAGUGCAACUACAUGAAGAGAGUCGUGACGUAACUCGAGCGAAACAAGCGUAUCUGGUGAUGUCCUAAGUGUCGUGAAAGUUUUUAAUGGUGAGAUAAUUAUAAUCGGUUACUUUGAACUUUUAAAAGUUAUAUACAAUAUCUCACUUGUUAUAUAUAUAUACACCUAUAUAUAUAUGUAACAAGUGUAUAUUACGUUACAUAUGUUAUAUAUAUUAUGGUUGUUAUACUUUUAUUCUUUUUUGUGGUAAUAUUUGACGAGCGACUAAAAUCUAUUUUCAUAUUAAGUUUUACAUCCUCUAUAACGUAUAAACUUACGACGUAUGUAUGCAUAUAUUUCUAGGAGAAACCUUUGUAAAGUUUCUUUGGGAGAGAAUGUUAUAAUAUAUAUACUAGAUAUGAGAAUAAUCAUUUUAUAUUCCAUUUUGUGAAUUACAAUCUUGUGAAAAGGUUUCCAUUAAAAUUCUAAUCAGGAUUCACAAAUAUAAAAUAUAAA